AUGGCCCUGUCGGUGCACACCAUUACCAUGCUCUUGGCACUUGCCAAGACAAAGUCAACGCGCGACAUGUUGAUGUGCAUGUACGUGUACCAAUACGUCGAGCCUCCACUCCUCCCAAGGGUAGUAUUUUCCCUUGACAGCUAUGCCCACGCAAACGCGCUCCUUGACUUUCGGUUCGACGUGGUUGGAAUCAAACGACUUGGCUACCUGCUCCGGGUGGGCACAAACGAAUCCAUUGCCUCAACUACCAAGCCGUCGCUGCCCCAGAUGGCAUUUGUAAUUACUUUUGGGGACCAACUGAGGGUCGACGCCACGACUCAGCGAUGCUCGCGCACAGUGGCCUCUUACAAGCGACUUCAAGCCAUCCGGCAAUGUUUGCCUCAAAAUACAUCUACGGCGACCCAGCAUAUGGAGUAA